AACCAACCAAAAGCAAGCAGAGGCGUAUUUUCCGUCACAGAGGGAAGUUUGAAUUUUAUCAUGCGAUUUACACUCCUAUACUAAUGACUGUAAUAUCAUUUUAUUAAAAAGGACUAUGUGUUUUGCCUUACGGAGUGAGAAGACUAGAAAAAGCUCGUGAUAAAGUGAGUCUAAUGGCAGUUAACGUUACUGAAUUUGCCAAGCCAGUAACGUUAGCAACAGACCGCUAAUUCAGAGCUCUUUAAAUCGCCAUUUUAAAAUUUAGAUUUGUACUUAAUCCUGGCUGCGUAAUACACAAUAAUGAAAGCGAUGAAAGAGGAGACUACCGCAAUGAAACAGAUUCACGACGACAAAGACCUCAUCUGCAGUCUUUGUAAGAGAUGUGACAACAUUCCAGAGAAGUAUGGAGAGAAGAUCACCCUUCAGCAGCACAACCUGACAGUCCACUAUUUCUGUUUGCUGAUGUCUAGUGGAAUAUGUCAGAGAGGGGAGGAGGAUGAAGACAUUCAUGGUUUUCUCGUGGAUGACAUAAAAAAGGAGAUCCGCAGAUCUUCGAGGCUGAGAUGCAUUAAGUGCAAAAAGGUUGGUGCUUCGGUGGGGUGCUCCAUCAAAAGUUGUCGGCAAAUGGUCCACAUGCCUUGUGGAUUAGAGCAGGAGUUUAUUUUCCAGUUCACAGACUUGUUUCCGUCUUUCUGUAAAAAGCAUGCACCUAGUCAGUCCUGCGUCUCCAGCCCCAGUCUGCCACUUUCUUGCUCCGUCUGUCUGGAGCCCAUCGAACCCGUCCUCUCCUAUAAUGUCCUCAAGUGUCCUGCAUGUCAUGGCAGCUGGUUUCACAGAAACUGUGUACAGCAUUAUGCACACAGCGCUGCCAUGUUUUUCUUCAAAUGCACAUUGUGCAAUAACAAGGACCAGUUUCAGCAGGAAAUGCUCAGAAUGGGAAUAUAUAUACCAGAGCGGGAUGCAGCAUGGGAACUUGAGGAGAAUGCAUAUGAAGAUUUAUUGCAAGUGUACCAGCACUGUGAUGCUGUGAAGUGUCACAGUCACAAAGGUCGUAAAUACAGCUCACAGUCAGGGUAUUUUGAAAUUGUUCGUUGCAAGUUGUGUGGAUCCAGGGGAACUCAUCGAAAAUGUUCCAACCUUAAGCUUUACGAAAGCGACUGGAUCUGUACUGACUGUAAAGCUGCUGUUGAGGGAAAAAAGUCAGUGCCUUUGCCAAACCAUGUUGAAUCCCCACUGGCUGUAAGGCAAGAGAGGAAGAGGCUGUUUAAAAACAUCUCUGACCUUCACUCUUCACUCAUCAGUAAAAGGCAAUAUGUGCCUGCCACUUCUCCAGAGCUCUUAAUGGAUCUGGCCCAUCAGAUAUCACAGCAGCAGUCUACAGAGGUGCUAGUGGAAGAUGAUGAUGGGGUGAUGGAAGCAGCUCUGCGGGUUCUGCGGCAAAGUGACUUUAAUCCCUGUUGCACGCUUUCUGUGAAGUUCUCCCAAGACAAACAUAGCAACAACAUUAGGAAUCAGCGUCGCUUCCUCAGAUGUCUUGUUUCAAAACUGCAGAUGUCAGAAAUCUUUGAGGGCCCUGAUAGAUCUAAAAACCUGGCUCUGAGCUCAAAAGCUCUGAGGGAUGACCUGUACUUUGAAGUCGGCAGUCUGUUGGCCCUCUCUUUGGUUCAUGGAGGUCCUCCUGUGGGCUUCUUCUCUCCAGCACUGUACCAUAGUCUGUUUAACUACCCCACAAACUACAGACCUACUUUACAAGACCUUGGAGACACUACUUUUGCACACAAAAUCCGACAGAUUGCAGAAGCAAAGUCAAUGAAGGAGCUGAGAAUGGCAAUGCAGUCAGCAUCACAGUAUUUGGAAGCAGCCGGUUGCUGGCGAAAGAUCAGAGAACUCUCAGAGAAGGACAUGCUGGUGGAGGAUGUACUAAAUUUCUACCUGAUCAUCAGACUACAGCUGCCUCUGCAGAGAUUUCGUGAGGGUUUGAGGACACUAGGACUGUUUGAGCAGGUUCAGAUGUGUACAGAGGCUUUCCAUUCAGUCUUCUGUGGGCCUGUGGAAAGGCUGACGGCCGAAUCUGUCAUGGAGCUCUUUACCGUCCGGUUUUCAGAAGAAAAAGAGCAACAAGAAAAAGAGAACACAACAGUACACUUUUGGAAAAAGUAUCUGCAUGAGUGUGAAGAGGGUCGGUGUGCAGCACCACUUGAGGACCUCCUAACAUUCACCACUGCUACAGAUUUGGCUCCGUCCAUUGGAUUCCAUCCCACUCCAUCUAUUUCAUUCUUCAGCUCACCAGACCCCUCAUGUGCCUUUCCUCAGAGCCACUGUGAUGCCAAUCAUCUCUUUCUGCCAAUACAACCCUCAUAUGAGCUCUUCAAGAAACACUUGGAUUACACAGUGUGUCAGUUCUCAGUUAUGCAGGACAUUUAAAAAAAAAAAAAAAAACUCUUCUCCUGACUGGAUAUUUCAGUACAUUCACAGCGUAGAUUUACCUAAUUAUAUACAAUAGUGCUAAAGUCUAUUUAUUAGGGUUAUCGGGUAUUAUAUAAACAGUAUUUUUCAACCUAACUCACGUUAGCAUUACUUGAUCAUAGGUUGCUCCUCACUUUAUUUAUCAGUAACCCAGGUGUUGCUAAAUCCUCACAGUUUGGAAUCCCUCGACAAAAAAGACAUUUUAACAGCUUUGCUUUGAGCCACUCAGCACUAUUAGGACUUCAACUGCAAAGCAAUAUGUGUUCCAUACAUGUUGGAACACAAUCUUAGAUGUAAUAAGACUGUUAUUUGUGUUUAAAAAAAAAAAAAAGUUUUUCUUGUAAAUUUAGGUGCACAGUUCAGAAGUGUACAGGUAAUAGCUAGUAUUGUAACCAAAGUUUAAACUGUUGAGUAGUGUUCUGUCGAACAGCAUAGGUAUUUAGCAGUAAUUGGAAUUUGAUUUGAUUCGAUUUUUACAUUUUGUUUUUUUGUAAUAGAAAAACAGUUCACAAUAACAGCAGGUUGUAAUUUUUUGGUAGCCACAAGAUGGUGCAAUUGCCCCCCUUUUUGCCACACAUUGGCUAACUGCUGCCACUGCAGAUGAAUUGGUAGUUACUGAGUUGAAUGGUCUCACUGUUUUGUGCCAGAGACCCAUGUUAGAAUCAUACACAAGCUGGUAUGCUUUUGUCCUUGUAUAAUGUUUCAUUUCUCCUGAAGUAGCUUGUAAAGUGUAUGAUAGUUUGCUAGCUUCAUAUUGGCCAUAAUUUAUUAAACUUUUUACUUUUCUGUUAACCUCAGUGUU